GAGCGACGCAAGAGAAGGUGUGGCUUCCAUCUGGAUACAGCAUGUUGGAUGCUUUUCUGAACUCACGUUCGUUUGAGGUGUUACUUGGCUUUCGGGCACACAUGGCUUUGUAUGCUAAAAAGGCCACUGCUACGCUUGCGUCCUCCCCAGUCACACCACACUCAACAUUCCCCGUCAGUGAAGACCUUUCCUCGCCGUUCACACCUUUGGCAUGGCCCCUGCCGGCGUCAACAGCUGAGACCACUUCGUCUCCAGGAAUCAUGUUGGAUGCUGUUGCGCCUGUCUCUCCAACGCUCACAGCAGUGUCAUUACCCCAAAGACCAACGACUCCCCCGUCCCGAAAGCGCGGCAUACCGUUCGUUGUGUUUUCCCCAAAGUCUCAGCGGCGCGGCAGCAAGUUAAGCACGAACUGUGGUGAAUCCACCAUCUAUGUUGACGACGACUCGACUUUGUAGGUAGCAGUCAGCGGACGUUGAAAGCACAACUUUUUAGGAAGUCGGCUACAAUGAACGACUUCACACCCUAGCUUACCUGCUUCUAUUCAUUGUAUUUUUCAUACUAAGUGAUUGCAUGAUGCAGUGUUUUAAACAGAAUAUCAUAUUCAAUUUGAACUGUUCCGGUG